AUGGCACAGAGUCUAAAGGAACUUGCUAGCCGGUUUGCUGGUGGGCCCCGUGGUAUGGGGACGGGUCUGAAACUAUUGCUGGCAGCUGGAGCCUUGGGUUAUGGAGUCAGAGAGUCCGUCUUCACAGUGGAGGGAGGUCACAGAGCCAUCUUCUUCAACCGCAUCGGUGGAGUUCAGCAGGACGCCAUCCUCGCUGAGGGUCUUCAUUUCAGGGUUCCCUGGUUCCAAUAUCCAGUUAUCUACGACAUCCGAGCAAAGCCCAGGAAAAUCUCCUCCCCCACAGGGUCCAAAGAUCUGCAGAUGGUAAACAUCACACUACGUGUCCUGUCCCGACCAUUGGCCUCUGAGCUGCCCCAUAUGUACCAGAGGCUCGGCCUGGAUUAUGAAGAGAGGGUCCUGCCUUCCAUUGUCAAUGAAGUUUUGAAGAGCGUGGUGGCAAAUUCAACGCUUCACAGCUGAUCACACAGAGAGCUCAGGUCUCCCUCCUGAUCCGUAGAGAACUGACAGAAAGAGCCAAGGACUUCAGUAUUAUCCUGGACGACGUGGCUAUCACUGAACUGAGCUUCAGUAAGGAGUACACAGCAGCUGUGGAGUCCAAGCAAGUCGCCCAGCAAGAGGCCCAGCGAGCUCAGUUUUUGGUGGAGAAAGCCAAGCAAGAUCAGAAACAGAAGAUCGUUCAGGCGGAAGGAGAGGCUACAGCUGCCAAAAUGAUCGGUGACGCCCUCAGUAAGAACCCCGGGUACCUGAAGUUGAGGCGGAUCCGGGCAGCUCAGAGCAUCUCUAAGACGAUCGCUUCCUCCCAGAACCGGGUGUACCUGAAUGCUGACAAUCUAGUCCUCAAUCUUCAGGAUGUGACCUUCACCAGACAGUGAUACCCUGGUGGCUAAACAAGCAAAGAAAUGA